GUCUGUUAGGCCCCACGAGAUGAAGGUGAGAUUGAUCAUCGUGCCGGCGGCCCUCUCCUCUGCUGAGAGGGUCCCUGGGCUGGCGUUGUCAGGGUGGUCAAGGCUGCUGGGGUUGAGGCCGACAGUGUCCCGCGCGGCAAUGGGCGUAGGCUGGGUGAUGAGGCUGAGCGGGGUGACCAGCUCUAAUGGCCUCUGCUUAAUGAUUUGCUUUAAAGCCUCUGUGCCGUCGCUGUUGUUGGGCCCGCGGAAGUCGGUGCCUACCGGCCCAGAGGGCGUCAUGGAUGUUGAAAUCACCAACCAUGUCGUGCUCCGCAGGUUCUUUGGACGCCUGUUGUUGCUGGUCUGUGGCCACCAGGGCCUGGAUGAGGUCCGCCACUCCCUUAUUGGCUGCAGUCUGUGGCGGGUUGUAGAUGUUGUGGACCAUGAUCCAUGGCUUACUGGGUGCCGGCUGGAUGGCAGUGGAGAUGACGUGCUUGGAGAGGAAGGUAACCUGCCAGCGCAAGGGUCUUCCGCUCGUAUGUGCAGACACGGGGGGCCACGGCCUGGCCCUGCUACCGGCUAUAUGUAUGGAAGUGAUCAGCUGCUUCACGGGGGAUGUGCGUUAGGGGAGCAUCCCCAUGGGUGUUGACCCAGGGCUCCUGGAUGGCGACCACCGCGUAGUCACGGAGCUGGGGGUCCCGAAGGAGGGGCGCCAUGCUGAUAUCUAGCGAAUUCUGGACAUUGUACUGGAGGAUUUGGAUGGUUUAGUCGUCUUGGGUGGCGAGAGUAGUUCGAGCUUUGGUUUUGGCUUCGCCUGGUUCUGUUUCGGCUGUAUCUGGUGUGGAUUUCGGGGUCCUUUGGGGUGUGGAGGAGGCUGAGCGGCUACCAGCUGUAGCUACUGGGCGCUAUAUGCUGGCAGCCCUCCUCUGGGCAGAUGCUGCUAUUACAUGUGCUUGAGCCGCCCCAAGUGCUUCCCGUUUCCGCCUUCUGGUGCGCGAGGUGCCCAUUGUAUUCGCAGGUGUCUUCCUUACGAGUUCAG